UACCCAGAAUCCUUAGCUCAAAACAGACAACACCGUGGGCACAUGGAUUUAUCAUGGCGGCGCACGUUAAAAAGAUGGUCGGUGUUUCUGAAGACUCCAGCAGUAGUGACGAUGAAGCGCUGAAAAGAUGUCAGGAGGCAGUUUGGGAGACACAAGCCUACAAGACGAAAGAGACGAAAGGUGGUGACAGCGAUGUGAAACAGUCCAAACGUGUUGUUGUUGCUGACCAUGAACAUGAUGGCAAUGAGCUCCAGGUCACCCAAGGGUUUCGAACACACGUCGCUAAGAAGUUGGGACAUUUUCUUGACAGUUACAUUUCAGAGUUGCAGACUGAAACUUCCCCCUGUGCAGAAUCAGGAAAAUGUGAUGAUAAUGAUGAAGGAUUUCGUCUGUUUUCUACAUCAGUCCCAGGACAAACAGCUGAGGAGCCUCCACCCCCUGUGCGGCGUCGGCCCAUGCCCAGCUCAAGUGACAGCGACAGUGAGAUGGAAACACGGCUGAAGGAGGCAGCGGUGUCAGUCAAAGAUCUCUUACCCUCACUAUCCUCUACACUCUCACCUUCCUCAGUGGAGCCUCCAUGCUCAGAAAAGAAAAAGAAAAAGAAGAAAGUGGCAGAGGGAGAGGAGAGCCAUGUUGUUAAGAAAAAGAAAAAGAGGAAACAGAAUCAAGAGGAGAGUGAGCAGGUGGACUCUGCAGGCUCUCCUCCUAAUGCUCAAGGCAACGGUGAGCAUGAGAACUCAGAACAGGAACACAACAAAGUCAAAGUAAAACGGAAAAAGAAAAAGAAGCGAGAAGGGACCACAAAGGAAGAGAUUUUGAACUAAGACUUUUAUGACUUAUCUGUCAUUGUCAUGGGAUGGAUGCCUGUGUCCCACCACCAUAUUGUGUCACAACCUUGAAAUCAUCAGAUGGUAAGAUAUUUACCAAAAUGUUUUGAAGAUAUGUGAGGAACUCAUGCGUUUCAUCAUUUUGACUUCACACACUGUUGUUACAUGACAGUAAAGGUGUAUCAAACACUUUUUCCAUUAAAAAUCAUUUUAUACCAUU